CUUCACUCUUCUAAAGAAAUCCAAAGACAAAAAAAAUCACCCUUAAGUCUCUCUUUCAUUGCUUCUUGCCUUUCAAUAACCCUAAUAGCUAAACCGAUUUCUUCUUCGUCUUCUUCAAAACAUAGAAUGAAUCUCACAACCAAAACCGCAAUUAUAGCGGUUUAUGUCAUAUUAGUAUUGGUUCCUGGUUCUUGCAGAGCCACGAGGAUUGGAUCGAUGAAGGUUUCAUCGGAUAUGGGAUCAAGAAGAACAAGACACGAGAUGGGUUUCGAAAUCAACGGUCAGAAAUUUCACUUCAUGUCCAAAAAGGCUAGAGUGCCUCCUUCGGGACCUUCCAAGAGGCACAAUUCUCUACAACAUUAACAUUUUAUAUACGACGCAUAUGUAAUCUUUGUUUCUUUAGUCACAUAUAUACUUAGGAUAUUCUUGAAAUUGUUAUCGAAGGAAAUGUUUUUUAUUAUUCAAACACGGCUUUCUCGGCCUUUUCACUUUUUCUCCCUUCUGUUCUUCGAAGGGUUUCUUUUGUUUUGCUGGUUAAUAUCAUAAAGGAGGUAUAUACGCAGUAUUCUUUCACAAAUACGCAAGUACGCAUGUGUAUCUACGCAGAAGCAAUACACUUGUGUAAAGAAUACAUACGCAGUAUAAUUUGUAUUAAUUGCGUUUACAAUCAUGUAUU